AUGAUUGGGAAUAUUAAAGAAGAUCUUUUGAAAAAUGUUAAAAUACAAGUAAAAAUGCUUAUGGAAGAAGCUGUCAUCCGUGGUUAUGUUCAUGAAGAUAGUGAAACAAUUGGUAAACUUUGUUCAUCUGUUGAAGCGGUACUUCUUUAUGGAGUACGUCGAAGUAUAUUCACAUGGAUAGAAGAAGAAUCCACUUAUGUAUUAUGUCAAAAAAUAGCAAAAUUAUGUCCAGAAGCUCAACAUACAUUAAAUCGUAUAGAAUAUUAUAAACAAACUAUUUUAAAGAAACGUAAUGAUUCUAAUAUAAAACGUAAUAGAUCUCCAUUACGUAAUCCUACAAUGAAUAAAUCAUUCAUAUUCAAUGAGAAAUCCUCCUCCUCCUCCUCCUCAUCAUCAUCAUCUUCAUCAAUGAAUUUUACAUUUUGGUUAAAUGAUAAACGAAAUAAUCUAUUGAUCAAUGGUCGUCCUGAUACUGUAUUUCAAAAUUUUUGGAUUCGUGUUGGUAUUUAUGAAAAAGUAUUAGAUAAAAUUGUUAAAUUUUUAGCUGAUAAUAAAUUACAAUAUUACGAACCAUAUUCUGUGAUUGCGGAUCCAUGUUAUGGGCAAUUGAUUAGUGAUCUAUUACGUGGUCCAUGUACUAUUGAUUAUUCACAUACACGUACAACAGAUCAUUUAUAUACAGAUCCACCAAUUUCAGAAUUAAUACAACGUCGUGGUAUUUAUAGUAGUUUAAUGUCUAAACAAUUAAGUUAUAUACCACCAAUUAGUCAACAAUAUAAUGAAACGAAUCUAAUCAAUAUUAAUAAUGAUCCAUCUUAUUCAUUGAAACAUACUUCAGAAGAACUAUUCAAUGAUAAUAUUCAAAAGAUCAGACAAUUAUCAACUAUUCCUUUGAAUUCUUCAAUCAAUGAAGAUGAUGAUGAUGAUGAUAAUAAUAAUAAUAAUAAUGAUAAUGAUAAUGUUCAAAAGCAAUUGAAUAAUAGAAAUAUGAACUACCAUUCAUCUAGGCUGAAUGAUACUACUACCAAUACUACUAGUAAUAAUAAUAAUAAUAAAUUAUUCAAUAGUCCUAAAAUCGAUAAUCGUAUUGGUCAUGUCAAUCAUUCUACUAGUCAAUCCAAUAGGAUGUGUAAACGUGGCAGUUCUCCAUUAAUUAAUUUAAGUGAUAUGCCAACAAAUCGAACAAUAAGAACUGGUUCAUGUGCAUUUCUACCACAAAUUAAUGAAUUUAAUUCAACGAAAUUAAAUCGUCAAUUUAAAUCAAAUAAACAUAUUGCUUUAGCUGCAAAAGAACAUGUGGAAUCAAUGCAUCAAAGUUUACGAACACGUUUAUUAUAUGGAAAGAAUAAUGUAUUAAUGCAACCGUCUAAUUCAUCAAAUCCAAUACCUGGUUAUUUAUCUUUAAUCGAUGGUGAAUGUGGUAAAUUAAUUGUACUUAAAUGGACACCAAAUUCAGCUGUAACUACACCACAAAUGAAUAAUCAUAAUGAAGAAUUUUGUUUCUCUAAUGAUUCAAUAUUGGAUACAAGACUUGAUUUAGAUGAUUUAAAUGAAAAAGAAGCUUAUUGGGGUUAUGCAAUUAAAAUCAAAAUGUCUGAUGUUGUUUAUGGACAUUUUCAUGAAUUUAAUAAUCAAUAUAUAUUAACAUUCAUUCGAAAUGAUGGAAUACAAUUAGCUCCAUUUCAUUUUUAUGCUCAAAGUCAUGUUCUAACAUUUUUAAAUUGUUUAGAACAAGGUUUAAAACAACGUGGGGGUUAUUUGAAUCCAUCUUCUGAAUUGGAUACAUCAUCAUCAUCAUCAUCAUCAGUCACAUCAGAAUAUUCCAUGAAAUCAUAUCGUCCAUCAAUGCCAUUCAUUUUCGGUAGUCGUAAUUCAUUAUCACCUCUAUCAACAUCAAUAACCAACAAUGAUAAUAGAACAAACUCAUCAAUAACAUCAUCUCAAAACUUUCCAUCUUCAGUUUAUAAUAAACCUUCUAAAUUAAAUCAAUCUUUAUCAUUAACAAGUUCCGGAUUGAAACAACGUAUAUAUAUGAAUAUUUUAAAAGCAUUUAAUCAUACAGAUGAUAUGAAUCAUAAUGAAGAAUUAGAAACACUUCAUUCACCAUCUUCUAUUUGUAUACCAGAAGAAAAAUGUUCUAUUCAACAUGUUUAUAUGAUUGUAUCUAAAACUAGAGAUAGUCAUACAAUGGGUGCAAUCAAUAAUAUCAAUACAUCAUCUAUAUUAUCAAAACGAAUCUCUUUAGAAGAUAUUUCAGAAGAAAUUAUCAAUGAAUCUGAUGAUAUUAUUGGACAAUCAAAGAAUCAAUUAUGCAUACAACAUAAAGAUGUAUUCAAUAAAUUACGUAUUAAAAUAUUAUCACAUGUAUUUCAUAAAUGGUACAAUCAUUUUAAUAAACUACGUAUAGUACGUAAAAAAUUAGCUGAUCUUGUAUCACCUAAUUUCUUAACUGUGGAUUCACCAACAAAUGCUGAAGAAGGUGUAACUGUAGAAUUUUGGAAUCAAUUAAUGACAAAUUCUAUUCCACAAAUCCCAUUCAGUGAACUAUGUCGAUAUGUUUAUUUUGGUAAUUGUGAUCCAACAAUUAGAAAUGAGGUAUGGCCAUAUUUAUUGGGUUUAUAUACAUGGAACUCAACUAGUGAACAAUUGAAUACAGUUAAUAUACAACAAAAAGAGAUUUAUACAAAUGCUUUAAAUACAUGGAAUCGAGUUGUACAAUAUUUAAAACAAGAUAUUCGAUAUGCUAGUUUCAUAGGAAUUGUUCCACCUAAAAGUGAUUCAACUGAAUAUAACGAGUGUUUAGAUAAUACAAAAUCCCUUGCUAAUAAUGAAUUAUCAAUGAACUCACCAAAACAAUCAAAUGAUGUAAACCAUGUAGAACUAGACAUUAAUGUAAAUAAUGAUAAUGUUUUACCUGAUAAUCGUUCUUCAACAGUAACACUUCUUAAUGAAACAUCUACUUCUAAAAUAUUAAAUCUUUCUACUGAUUCACAAUUGUCUAUCAAUAAUACAGUUCAAGAACAAUGUGAAUUUUCGCCAAAUACAUUAGAAAUAUUUGCUGAUAAUAUAUAUCGAAUUGAUAAAGAUGUUACAAGAUGUGAUCGAAAUCAUACAUUCUUUAUGUCACCAAAAAAAGGUUCCAAAUUUUCACAUCAUAAUAUAACUGAAUUAAAUUCUAAUUUAAUUAAAUUACGUAAUAUUAUAACCACAUGGGUUUGGUUACAUCUUGAUAUUGGUUAUAUUCAAGGAAUGUGUGAUUUAUUAGCACCAAUUUUAAUUAUUAUUAAAGAUGAAAUUAAAACAUUUGCAUGUUUUAAUUGUUUAAUGAAAUGGAUGUUACCAAAUUUUCCACUGAUAAAAAAUUCUUUAUCUCAAUCAAUUAAAUUAUCACCAUCGGAAACUCGAUUGUUACUAACACCGUCGUCAUCAUCAUCGCCAUCAUCAUCAUCGUCGUCGUCAUCAUCAUCGUCAUUGUCGUCAUCCAUAUUGACUAAUCAUAUAGAGAAAACAAUUAAUAAUAAUGAUUGUACAACAACACGUACAACUUUAUUACAAAUGGCUGUAAAAGCAGCUCGUCGUCGUACUGUAACAAUACAUAGUAAAGAUAAUACUAUAGAUAGUAAUAAUAGUGGUAAUAAUCAUCAUCAUCUUCAUCAUUCAAAACAACUUCAUUAUGAUACUAAUACCUUGCGUUGUACAAAUAAAUUCAAAGAAACAUCAUCACCGUCACCAUCCGUAACAUCGACGGCAUCAUCCGCCACAUCAUCGUCGGCAUCACCAUCAUCGACAUCGUUACAGAGAAUCACUGAUAAAACAAUUGAACAAUCCUAUCAUGAUCAAAAUACAAAUAUAAUUAUUUCACCAUAUGAUAAAUUAUCACUAUUAAACUCUUCUGAAUCAUCAAUACCAUGUAUGGAUAUAAGAUUUUCGUUUCUUCAAUCAUUAAUAGAAAUCUUUGAUCCAGAAAUGAAUAAUCAUUUAAUUAAAAAAAUACCAGAAGGACAGUUAUUAUUUUCAUAUCGUUGGUUAUUAUUAGACUUUAAACGAGAAUUACAAUAUGAUGAUAUUUUUCCUGUAUGGGAAACAAUAUGGGCAUCACGUCGUAUAGUAACAUAUGAUUUUGGUAUAUUUUUUGCAUUAGCAUUACUUGAGUACUAUCGUGAUAUUUUGAUUUAUUAUAAUAUGGAUAUAACAGAAAUUAUUCGAUUUUAUAAUGAAUUAACCGAACAACAUGACUGUGUUACACUACUAGAAUUGGCACGUAGUUUUGUCUUUCAACUACAACAUUUAAUGGUAGACAGGUGA